UGAAGCAGAGUCGCCAAAUUGAUGCUAAGAAACUGCAGGCCUCCUCUUUCAUUUGUUCAUUUUAUUUCCUUUGUUUGAUCUCUUCAAUUGUUCUCUGCGCCACAUUCAUUACUAUAACCUCAUUCAAGCUUACAUUCUCCAACAUCCCUUUUCUUUGAAAUCUUAACUGUCCCUCUCUCUCGGAAUACACAAAGGGACAAACAAAUGAUUCAGCUACUGUAUACUCUGUUAUUCUCCGAGAUGGCAUUCAUAAUGGUGCUUUUGUUCAAGUCCCCAUUAAGGAAGUUAGUGUUGAUGGGUCUGGAUCGGGUCAAGCGAGGUCACGGCCCAAUCAUGGUAAAGACGGUGGCGGGAACGGUAUUUGUGGUGUUGAUGUCAAGUGUGUAUAGCAUCAUGAAAAUCCAGAAGCGUUCGAUCGAUGAGGGUUCUGUCAAUCCAACGGACCAGGUUCUCAUGGCUAAGAAUCUUCUUGAGGCCACUCUCAUGGGAUCCUCUCUUUUCCUUGGACUGAUGAUAGACAGACUGCAUCAUUAUAUCAGAGAACUUCGCAUACGGCGGAAGAGCAUGGAGGCUGUAAAGAAACAAAAUCAAGUUUUUGAGGAUGGAAAAGUUAAGGAGAGCAAAGCCCUAGAAAAAGAGGUGACCACACUGCAAGCAAAACUUAAGCAGGUAGAAUCAGAACUGGAGGUGAAGACAAAAGAGGCUCAUGCUUCAGAAGCAAAUGCAGUAGCUCUGAGGAAGCAAUCUGAAGGAUUUCUUUUGGAGUAUGAUCGCUUACUUGAGGAGAACCAAACCCUACGCAACCAACUGCAAUUUUUGGACUUGAGAUUAUCACGUUCAGGUAGUAAGAAGAAUACUUGAGGAACUGAAUACCUCCAUUAAAUAGUUUUCAAACUCCUUUUCUAUUUUAUACUACGUAUCUGAAAAUUUUCAAAGUGCGUUUGUUUAUUGUGGUCUGCAUUGUUGUUAAGUGUGUAAAAAAAAAAAGGACAAAUACAACAGGAGAGAAGGAAAGAGAAAUAGGUGUUCAUUUUCGUUGUUCAAUUCAAGUAGACUUCAUGCUGAUGUAGAAUUGUUAAUAGUGUCUUGAAGAAAUGUGGUACGUUGUGAGGGCAACUUAAGACCACUUCUUAUAACUUCUAAGAGAAUGCAGUCAGGAAUGGCCAUUCCUGUUUAUUUU